AUGCCGCAACAACAACAACAAUUCAAUCAUGCUGGUAGUAACAGAAACGUAUCAUCACAGCAAACACAUCACGGCAACAACAAUCGGAAUACACAAAGACCAUACCAUCAGCAUCAUACGAAAUCGCAAGAUUCAUUGAAACCUAAACACACACAAGCGUAUGAACAAUUACAAGAAAAGUUCAAGAACCCUGAAGAGGUUAAACAAAAAUUUAGAGAGAAGAAGCGCAAACAAUGGGAAGAACGAAGAUUUGUACAAACACAACCAACUCUUUCUGUUAUUCUCAAAGGCCUCUCUAACUCUGCUAACGAAGAAGAAAUUACUAAUAUUAUUUAUAACAUUCACGGACUAGUACCCACUCGUGUUAGAAUUGUGAGAGACAAAGAAACAGGCCAAAGUAGAGGUUUUGGAUUUGUUGAUUUUUCGACGGUGGAAGAAAGUCAAAUGCUGAUGGAUUCAACUGCUGGAGGAAUGUUUAUAGGAAAUGAUUAUGUUGAAUUGGAAUAUAGUCAUAAAGCUGCUCCAAUUGCCAAGCCAUCUGAGAACGUACAAGAGGAAUCUUACAAGGAGCAAAUAUAUCAAGACUGGAUUUGUGGUCACUGCAACACACAGAAUUUUAUGCACAGAGAUUCUUGUUUUGGAUGCUCUCAUCCACGAGAUGAAACAGCACAAGAAGUUAUUACUAAACAAUCUGAAAACAUAUCUCAAAAUGACGGAUUACCUCCAACAGUUGAAUUGAUUGUAAGAGGUCUUAAUAUCCUUACGACUGAAACAACGUUAUUGAAUGUGUUUGGUCAGUUUGCUCCAGUGAAAGCCUGUAGAGUUAUAAAAGACAAGGUAACUCAGAUUUCCAGGCAAUUUGGUUUUGUAGAAUUUUACUCUGUAGAAGAUGCAACUCGAGUUCUUUCAAUGUGCUCAGAGUUGUUUAUUGAUGGUGUACGCGUGAAUGUAGCCUAUGCUAAACGACAACAUGUACCAGAGACAGAAGUUCCUGCCACUGAAGAUGUCAAUGUGGCUCAGUGGAAUGCUCUUUAUAAUUAUACUGGGACUGACGAGAAGUUAGAAGAAAAACAAAAGAAGAUUGAAACAAAGGAUGAAAUAUCGAACAAAUCUCUGUCACAAUGUGGCUUUGUUUUUGAUGAAGAAACAGGAUAUUAUUACAACAGUCAAUUGAAUUACUACUAUGACACAAAAACUGGAUAUUACUACGAUUGUGCAGCUGGCGUUUGGAUGUAUUAUGAUGAGGAAAAGAAAACAUAUAUUCCCUUUCCUCAGGAGGAAUCGGCUACUGACACAACGACAUCCGAGACGACUCAAUCAGUCAUUGAUGGAAAUACAGUGAUUGGACCCUUACUUCCGCAAACUUCUGAAGAAAAAGAAGAAAUUGUAGAAGUGAUUAGUUCUGGAGGGUUUGUACCAAACCCUAAAUUCAACGAACAGCUUAAAAUACUGGAAAAAGAAAUUGAGCUCGCUCAACUGCAAGCAGAACCUUCAACCUCAUCUUCCACAAAGCAAGGGAUUAAGCGUAAAAGAGAUGUUAAACCAAAAGAAAGCAUUGAGGAAGUGGAAAAGAAGGAAAUUGAUGACGAAAAUGUUGGUAAGAAGCUUUUAGAGAAACUUGGCUGGACAAAAGGAGAAGGCCUUGGAAGAAACAAAUCUGGUAUUACGGCUCCUAUUAGUGUCAAGCCCGUUGAAAAACAUUCUGGACUUGGUUUUGCUAAAUCGAGCACUGCUCCGUCCACCAAGAAGCGAAAAGAGAGCUAUCAAAAAGAAGGUAUGAAAGUUCUCCAAAAGCGAUUCAAUGAGAUUGAGGAAGAAAAACGAGAAUAA